CCUGUGCUGCUGUAUAUGAAGGAGCUAUGGGGAAUCGAUGGAGGCCGUGUUCUGGAUCUCCUCUUCGUGAAUAAAAUCAUCUGAGACUUCAGGAAUCCUCCAUCCCUGUCCGAGCACAGCUCUGCUACCUGCACAGCAUCAUGUUAGCCAGAAAAGGUCUCCUCCCGGACGGCUUCCUGCUGACCCGUCUAGCAGAGGACCAGAACCAGUGGAACCGGAGCCGCUCCAGACUCCAGAGAGCCCGCUUCAUCACAAAGAGCGGGUCCUGUAACGUGGCCCACAAGAACAUCCGAGAGCAGGGUCGCUUCCUGCAGGAUGUCUUCACCACCAUGGUGGAUCUGAAGUGGCAGCACUCCUUCCUCAUCUUCACCUCGGCCUUCCUCUGCUCCUGGAUGCUCUUCGCGAUGAUCUGGUGGCUCCUGGCCUUCGCUCACGGUGACCUGGAGCCCCGGGACCCCAACGGCGACCCGGGUCCCGUCCCCUGCGUCACCGCCAUCCACUCCUUCACCUCAGCCUUCCUCUUCUCCAUUGAAGUCCAGGUGACCAUCGGGUUCGGCGGGCGCAUGGUGACGGAGGAGUGUCCUCUGGCGAUCACGGUGCUGAUCGUUCAGAACAUCUUGGGGCUGAUAAUAAACGCCGUGAUGCUCGGCUGUGUGUUCAUGAAGACGGCGCAGGCUAACCGCCGAGCGGAGACGCUCAUCUUCUCCAGAAACGCCGUCAUCGCUCCUCGAAACGGGCGCCCCACGUUCAUGUUCCGGAUCGGAGACCUGAGGAAGAGCAUGAUCAUCUCCGCCAACGUCCAGCUGCAGGUCAUCCGGCGGACGGUGACGGCGGAGGGCGAGGUGAUCCCCGUGUGUCAGCUGGACAUCCAGGUGGAGAACCCUCUGAGGAGUAACGGGAUCUUCCUGGUGUCUCCUCUGAUCAUCAGCCACACGCUGGAGAGAGGGAGUCCUCUGUACGAGCUGUCCGCUCAGUCGCUCGCCACAGACGACCUCGAGAUCAUCGUCAUCCUGGAAGGUGUGGUGGAGACUACAGGGAUCACCAUGCAGGCCCGGACCUCCUACACCCCGGAGGAGAUCCUGUGGGGGCGGCGCUUCGUCUCCAUCAUCACAGAGGAGGACGGCCGUUACUGCGUCGACUACUCCAAGUUCGGGAACACGGUCCCCGUCAGGAUGCCGUCUCUCAGCGCUAAGGAGCUGGACCAGACCAGAGGGGUCCAGGACGGGGGCACCGACGCCAACCUGCAGGGCUGGGGGCUGGUCCGAGCCGGCAGGGGGGGCUUCCGCAGAGGGGGCCGGACCUGCGAUAGCUCCGCCCCUCAGCCCUGGUACGCCCAGGCGGAGAAGGCGGAGGCAGAGGUGGAGCAGAAAGGACAGAAGAAGAAGGUGCAGCUGGAGGUGAUUGGACGACAGAUGGAGGAGGACGGACUCGGGGAGAUGAGCGAAUGAGAAGCAGGAGGCGGAGCUUGUGACUCUGCUCCACCUGAAGCACUGAGCUGCUAACAGGAAGUAGCAUUUAUUAGCUCAUUUAAAGGGAACUGUUUCCUGAGGUUCAGAUGUCGUGGAUCACACUAAAGUCUGCAGGAGACGAGUCCGUCCUGCUGCAGCUUCAAAUCCUCUGGAGCAGCGUCCAGUUCUUACAGCUGUUAGAAACAUCAACACGUCUCAGAGCGGCGUCCACGUCACCAGAAUCACACUCCAUGAUGUCACUCGAUCCGGCUCCUUCAGGGUCAAGAUCUCUGUUUCAUAUCUGCUGUUUCCUCUCUCUCUUCAAAACCUCCCCUCUCUGAUGACAUCGCUCUGUUUCCAAAGAAGUGAAAGUGAGGUGUGAAGAUGUUUUCAACUUCCUGUGAGAAGAGAGAAACUCUGAGCUCUCAGUUUCUUCGGUCUGUGAGAGGACAGGAAGUGAAGGAGCGUCCUCGCUGAAAUCGAUCCUGAUGCUUUAAAACCGAGUCCCUCAAUCAUUCAUGAAGUCAGAGAGUGUUCACAGGAACUCUGACUCAGCACGUCAGAGUCUCUGCGUCUUCCUGUCGGUCUAGAGGAAGCGUUGGAGCUACAGAUGGAGCUGAAUAAGGUGGAUGUUGAGAGGACAGUCUGAUGGAGCAGGCGUCAGAUCCUGCAGCUCGAGAAUAUCACUGCCAGUCACAGGUGUUUGAGACUCACUUCAUCCUGUUUCUUUUCCUUCUGCUGUGUCAGCUCAAAUCAAACCCUGCCUGAGUCUGUCCUCAGAUCAUAUAUACAUGGUAUAAAACCCUUCCUGAGUAUGUCCUCAGAUCAUAUAUACAUGGAAUCAAACCCUUCCUGAGUCUGUCCUCAGAUCACAUAUACAUGGUAUAAAACCCUUCCUGAGUCUGUCCUCAGAUCAUAUAUACAUGGUAUAAAACCCUUCCUGAGUCUGUCCUCAGAUCAUAUAUACAUGGUAUAAAACCCUGCCUGAGUCUGUCCUCAGAUCGUGUAUACAUGGUAUAAAACCCUUCCUGAGUCUGUCCUCAGAUCGUGUAUACAUGGUAUAAAACCCUUCCUGAGUCUGUCCUCAGAUCAUAUAUACAUGGUAUAAAACCCUUCCUGAGUCUGUCCUCAGAUCAUAUAUACAUGGUAUAAAACCCUUCCUGAGUCUGUCCUCAGAUCGUAUAUACAUGGUAUAGAACCCUUCCUGAGUCUGUCCUCAGAUCAUAUAUACAUGGUAUAAAACCCUUCCUGAGUCUGUCCUCAGAUCGUAUAUACAUGGUAUAGAACCCUUCCUGAGUCUGUCCUCAGAUCACAUAUACAUGGUAUAGAACCCUUCCUGAGUCUGUCCUCAGAUCAUAUAUACAUGGUAUAAAACCCUUCCUGAGUCUGUCCUCAGAUCAUAUAUACAUGGUAUAAAACCCUGCCUGAGUCUGUCCUCAGAUCGUGUAUACAUGGUAUAAAACCCUUCCUGAGUCUGUCCUCAGAUCGUGUAUACAUGGUAUAAAACCCUUCCUGAGUCUGUCCUCAGAUCAUAUAUACAUGGUAUAAAACCCUUCCUGAGUCUGUCCUCAGAUUGUGUAUACAUGGUAUAAAACCCUUCCUGAGUCUGUCCUCAGAUUGUGUAUACAUGGUAUAAAACCCUUCCUGAGUCUGUCCUCAGAUCAUAUAUACAUGGUAUAAAACCCUUCCUGAGUCUGUCCUCAGAUCAUAUAUACAUGGUAUAAAACCCUUCCUGAGUCUGUCCUCAGAUCGUAUAUACAUGGUAUAGAACCCUUCCUGAGUCUGUCCUCAGAUCAUAUAUACAUGGUAUAAAACCCUUCCUGAGUCUGUCCUCAGAUCAUAUAUACAUGGUAUAAAACCCUUCCUGAGUCUGUCCUCAGAUCGUAUAUACAUGGUAUAGAACCCUUCCUGAGUCUGUCCUCAGAUCAUAUAUACAUGGUAUAAAACCCUUCCUGAGUCUGUCCUCAGAUCGUGUAUACAUGGUAUAAAACCCUUCCUGAGUCUGUCCUCAGAUCGUAUAUACAUGGUAUAGAACCCUUCCUGAGUCUGUCCUCAGAUCGUGUAUACAUGGUAUAAAACCCUUCCUGAGUCUGUCCUCAGAUCAUAUAUACAUGGUAUAAAACCCUUCCUGAGUCUGUCCUCAGAUCACAUAUACAUGGUAUAAAACCCUUCCUGAGUCUGUCCUCAGAUCAUAUAUACAUGGUAUAAAACCCUUCCUGAGUCUGUCCUCAGAUCAUAUAUACAUGGUAUAAAACCCUUCCUGAGUCUGUCCUCAGAUCAUAUAUACAUGGUAUAAAACCCUUCCUGAGUCUGUCCUCAGAUCAUAUAUACAUGGUAUAAAACCCU